UGAUAGAAUCUUCAAUAUGUUAUCAUUAGGCAAGAUAUAUUUGAUAUAUUUGCUAGAUAUUAUAUAAUCUUAUCUUAGGAAAGGAUAUUAUUUAGUUUCCUAGUUUGAUAUAGAUUGUUCCUUGGGGCUCAAGGUCCUCUUGUAUAAAUAUGAUUGAUCUAUGAAUGAUAAAGGCAAGCUAUUGAAUCAUAAUAUUGUCAUGGUAUCGGAGCCAGGAGGUUCUUCAUAAAUUUAUUUUUUUAACCACCGUAUACAAUGCCGCCCGGCGAUGACAAUCCACCGCCACCACCACCUAAAAUUGAACCGAACUCCCCGUAUUAUCUAGGACCCCAAGAUCGUCCUGGUGACUUCAUAACUCCACCAGCUGCUGCGCCAUCAUCCACCACUGCCUCGGCCUCUUCUCCGCUUCCGCAACUCACUCCCAAGCAGUGGCACGCCGUCAUGGCUGUUAUGGGUAACGCGCCACCUCCUUCUCACCGCUUGAAUGGACCAACGCACGAGGGAGGUGAUUGGAACGGGUGAUCUCAAGGAUGGACUAUAUUAUCUUUGGGAAGAAGCUUCUAUUGCGGCUAUUUCGGUUGAAGACACCUUGAAACUGUGGCACAAACGGUUGGGUCACCCUUCUGAAAAAGUUGUAAAAUUACUUCCUUUUCUUAGUAAUUCUAGUGCUCAUUUAAAUAAAGAUUGUGAAGUGUGUCAUCGUUCUAAACACACUAGAGACAAAUUUCCUAUGAGUGAUAAUAAAGCUUCCCGUAAUUUUGAAAUAGUGCAUUGUGAUUUAUGGGGCCCUUAUACCGAA